AGCGGCUAGCGCCAGAGCGAGGCGGUAGCCGCAAAAUAUUUGCCACGUUGUAAUAAGCGGUCGGUCGCUCAAAAUCCACGUAUAGUUUGCCAACAAGGACGAAAAACGCCUGGAAAACGCCAAGGUUACAUCAAUACUGGCUCGAAGAAUAUCUGCAAGAUUGCUCUAUAGACUAACAACAUGAAAGUAAAGGACAUAAGUCGGACAGCCAACUUUGCAUGGAGUCCAGCGGCACAGUACCCAGUAUACCUGGCAACAGGUACAGCGGCGCAGCAAUUGGAUGCUACCUUCAGCACAAGUGCCGCUCUGGAGGUCUUUUCUUUGGAUUUGAGUGAUGGUGGUAUGGAUAUGCCGCUGAAGGGAUCUAUUGAAUCAGAACACAGAUUUCACAAGCUAGUUUGGAGUCCAUUUGGUAUGAGUGAGGACUCACCCUCAAAUGGCUUGAUCAUCGGUGGGACGGAUAAUGGCGAGAUUGUGAUCUACAAUGCUAACAAGAUUCUCAAGGGGCAAAAGGACAAUUUAAUCUUUGCACAGACUAACAAGCACUCAGGUGCUGUCCAGGCCUUAGACUUUAACCCCUUCCAACCCAACCUUCUGGCAUCUGGCGCAAGCGACUCAGAAAUCUUCAUCUGGGAUAUGAACAGCCCAGGAGAGCACUUCACGCCUGGCGCCAAGUCCAUUCCACCAGAUAACAUCAGCUGUCUUGCAUGGAAUAGGCAAGUGCAGCACAUACUGGCAUCGACGUCACCCUGUGGGCGCUGUGUUGUGUGGGAUCUACGCAAGAACGAGCCCAUUAUCAAAGUCAGCGACCAAAGUGCCACAAUCCGUUGCAAAGCCGUUGAGUGGCACCCUGACACUGCAACACAGAUGGUGAUUGCAUCAGAGGACGAUAGAUACCCUGUACUCCAGAUGUGGGAUCUCCGGUUUGCAACUUCACCCAUGAAGGUUCUUGAGGGCCAUUCUAGGGGUAUUCUAUCUAUCGCGUGGUGCCCACAAGAUCCUGAUCUUCUCAUGAGUUGUGCUAAGGAUAACCGCAUCCUUUGUUGGAACCCAAAUGAGCAAACAGCUGGUAACGAGAUUGUGUACGAGCUGCCGACAACGGCGCAAUGGAGCUUUGAUGUCAAAUGGUGUCCAAGGAAUCCUGCCAUGAUCUGCACUUCCUCUUUUGAUGGACAUGUCAGCUGUUUCUCGUUGAUGGGAGGCGGAGCCACGGAACAGGCUGUGGAGCAACAGAAGGUCAACAAUGCAUUUGAUGUUGACGAUCCAUUUGGCUCGCAGUUGAACCAGUCUCCUCCUCAGCAGCAGCCAGCCGAGACCACACCGCUCAAGAAACCACCAAAAUGGCUGAGACGACCAUGUGGGGCUAAAUUCUCGUUUGGAGGGAAGCUAAUCUCAUUUGGACAACACAAAGAUUCUCCACAAAAUCAGGUGUAUGUCAGCCAAGUUGUGACUGAAGGGGAGCUUGUCAAACGCUCUGUUGAGCUGGAGGGUGCUCUUGUGUCUGGAAGCUUUAUUGAUUACUGUGAUCAGAAGAUUAUGACUAGUUCCCAAGAACUGGAGAGAACACUGUGGAGUUUCCUAAAGACUAAUUUUGAGAGGGAGCCACGAAAACAGUUUCUUACUCUUCUGGGAUAUGAUUCAGCUGAACUCUCUAACAAGGUGGCAACAAUGAGCGGUAUGCAGAGAGCAGAGGUCAGCGGAGGUGUUGAUGCCGCCGAGCUAGCCCAGAAAAUGCAGCUCUUAUCUGCUGAUGAUGCUCGUCGGCGACCAGGAGAAGGGAUGUUUUCCAGUGGGGCGACCACACCCAGUGUCUCAGAUUUCCCAGAAACUAAGACUCCUGGGUCAGAUAGUGAAGGUGCUCUGGCUUUUGACGCCAUUGCAGCAGGCACUCUGAGUGUAGACACGUCUGGUGAUGUUGGUGCAGCACCGAAACCAGCACGCAAGCCUUUCCAAAUACCCACAGACGAUGAGACGGAUGGGCUUAUAAGCCAGGCCUUGCUCACUGGUAACUUUGAGGCAGCUGUGGAUGUGUGUAUGUAUGCAGACAGAAUGGCCGAUGCAUUCUUACUGGCUAUUGCUGGAGGGCCUGACCUGCUGGCAAGGAUACAGAAAAGAUAUUUUGAAAAAAGCAAGAGUAAUGUUGCCAGGUUAAUGUCUGUUGUGGUGAACCGUGACUGGCGCGACAUUGUUGAAAGCUGUGUUCUUGACAACUGGAAGGAGGCCCUGGCAGCCCUUGUAACUUACGCUAAACCCGAGGAAUUUACAGCGCUCUGUGAUCUGUUGGGUCAGCGGCUAGAAGCUGAGGGUGACGAGCACUGUGCAAACUCCAUGGUUUGCUACAUUUGUGCUGGAAAUGUGGAGAAAUUUGUAGCCUGCUGGUCACGCAGCAUGCCAAUGGAGCCGUCUCCACUUGCCUUACAGGAAUUGGUUGAGAAAGUAAUGAUUCUGAAGAAGGCUGUGGAACGUGAGCGGCGGCAGAUGUCUGGUACAGGCUCCACAAUACUAGCAGAGAAACUUAGUAAAUAUGCGGAGAUCCUUGCCGCCCAAGGUUGCCUGGAAACUGCUAUGGGUUACCUGAUGGUCUCCAGUGAUCAGGCCAAUCUCGGUGUGCUGAAGGAUCGCCUCUUCCACUCUCAGCACCCAAGCCACCUGACAACCUCCACAGCACCUCCGCCAUUCCCCUUCCAGCGCACUGAUAUUCUUGCUGAGCCAGCGGCCGCACCUCAGCAACAGCAAUACCAAGGGGGCAUGCAACACAGAAACUCACCUCUACAGGCUAGACAGAAAUCGGCAUUCCAGCCACCUGCGGCCCAACAGCCUGCCUUCCAGCCACCUUCACCUCAGCCAACCCAGUUCUACAACCCUGCCUCCUACCAACCAAGUGCUCCCUCCUCCAUGCCAGCUCCAGUGCCCCUCCAGCCCUACAACACACCCAUGCCACCCAUCAGCAGCACCCCAUACCAAGCCCCGCCCACUCAGCCACCUACUACCUUGACAACACCCUCCUGGUCCCAGCCUGCUCCUGUACCAAGCAUGUACCAGCCUCAACCUCCAGGCAUUAUGCAGCCUCCCACGAGUAUCCCCCCUUCACAGCCAAUGGCACCACCCUCGUUCCCACCCAGCAGUAUGGGUGGGUUCCCCCCUAGUUCCCAGCCUUCUAUGUACAAUCCAGGGCAGGUGCAGCCAGGUUACCCUGGGGCCAUGACUCCUGGAGCACCACCUCCUGGAGUGCCCUCACCUACAGGCCCCCCGCCAUCUGGUCCCCCACCAACAGGGCCACCUGCAGGGGGUUCAUGGAGCAAUACUCACAUGAUGCCCAAGAGAAAGCCACAACAGCCUUCUGACUACACUCCACCUCCACCCAUCACCGCACCAAUAGCCGGCGGACAAGAGCAGCCAUCUCAGCACAUGAAUGGUACAUAUAACCAAGGGCCAAAUGUCCCCCCUGGAUCUAACAUGGGUAAUAUGAUGCCUCAGGGGGGUCCACCUGGUGCACCACCAAGCUUUGGUCCUUCACAAUCACUGCAGACCCAGGAACAGGAAGUAAUCAAGGAACCAAUCCCAGCUGAGCAUGCCGUGCUUCAAGAGACGUUUAAUGGCCUCGUCCAGAAAUGCAAAGUAACUGCUAACAACCCUCACACCAAGAGGAAACUAGAUGAAGUAUCCAAGCGACUUGAAGGGCUAUACGACAAGCUGCGCGAGCAAAAGCUCUCCAAGCCGAUCUUGCAAGGUCUUCACGAGAUAGCUUACGCUUGUCAAAGCACCGAUUAUCCACGUGGUCUGAUGGCACACACGGGACUUAUAUCCAGCGGUAGCUUCUCUGAGAUCAGCACUUUCAUGCCUGGCCUCAAGUCGCUCAUGCAGAUCGCAACGCAACUUAGAGUUUAGGUCAAAAUAGGAAUUCUCUUUACUGGAGUAAUAUGUUCCCUGUUGUAUGUUGAGGAGAAUCUGAAGUCUACUAGGUAUUUUCAAUUUAAUUUCAAAAUGUGAAUUCUCUUUACUGGAAUAUGUUCCCCAUUGAUGUGGUGGGGAGAUUCUAUAUUUUAUCAAGUCACUCUCAUCUUAGUUAUAGAUUGAGGAAUCAGUAUCUCCAAUUAUUUUUUUCAAAAUACCCAGAUAGUCGUGUUUACCUUUGAAAUGAAUUUGGAUACCAAAAUUGGUAGUCGACCCUGCGGGAUCGAGUACUGACUUUUGGUGAUCCAGUUUAUUUUUUAUAUAGUUAUCUGUGAAAUUUCAUUAUUGAUUGCCUCGGUUCACCCGUGAAUGUAGAUUACUAGUUGAUUACAGAAUGGUACUUUCUGUCGUAGUUAAUCAGUUGACUUGACUCUUUAUCUUUAUAAAUCACCUACACAAAUCUAAGGCUAGGGAAUCCCCUAGGAUAUAACGCAGUAGACAGUCAAAAGCUUUAGAGAGACACUUUGUCAUCACACGAAUUCCCUUUUCAUUUUGAGGAAGCCAGAACUUCUACAUCAGUACUCGCCACCCCUAGAACAAUUUCAAGACCAUGAUUAUUUUUUAUGUGUGUACUUAUAGGUACUUAGAGGUCAAUUGCGUAUGCAUGUAAACCCUUCAAGAGGAUGGUGAUUUAAAGAUGUUAUAAAAUUCUAACGGAAAACGAGA